ACGUACAUGGGCGCGCCAGGAUUCCGGGAGCUCAGGGACUGCGAGAACGGCUGCCACCAAAGGACACCUACAGAGAUGUCCUCAGUCCUUCACUUCUAUGUCCGUCCCUCUGGCCACGAGAGGGCAGCCUCUGAAUAUACUCAAAGGAAGCUGCGAGGGGAACUGCCAGAGCUGCAGGGUGUCAAGACCGAGCUGUGCUACAACGUGAACUGGACAGCUGAGUCCUCCCCGAGCGCCGAGGAGAUGAAGAAGCUGAAAUGGCUGUUUGGCUGCCCCUUGUUACUGGACGAUGUCGCUCCGGAGUCCUGGCUCCUUCCCGGCUCCACUGACCUGCUGCUGGAGGUCGGGCCCAGGCUGAACUUCUCCACGCCAACGUCCAGCAACAUCGUGUCAGUGUGCCAGGCUGCGGGGCUGGGGGCUGUGGACCGCGUGGAGCCGACCCGGCGCUACCUGCUCUCGUUUGCCCACCCGCCUUCGGCUGAGCUGGAGGCCGUCGCCCUGGCUACCCUGCGUGACCGGAUGACGGAGCAGCACUUCCCCUGUCCCAUCCACAGCUUCUCCCUGGGCUGCAUCCCAGCACCCCUCGGCGGCCCAAUUGACAUACUGGCCGAGGGCCGGUCUGCCCUGGAGAAAGCCAACCAGGAGCUAGGUCUGGCCCUAGACUCCUGGGACCUGGAUUUCUACACCAAGCGCUUCCAGGAGCUGCAGCGGAACCCCAGCACUGUGGAGGCCUUCGACUUGGCUCAGUCCAAUAGUGAGCACAGCCGACACUGGUUCUUCAAGGGCCGACUCCACGUGGAUGGGCAGGAGCUGGCACACUCGCUGUUUGAGUCCAUCAUGAGCACCCAGGCAUCCUCGCACCCCAACAACGUCCUCAAGUUCUGUGACAACAGCAGUGCAAUCCAGGGGAAGGAAGUCCGAUUCCUGCGUCCCGAGGACCCCUCACGGCCAAGCUGCUUCAGGCAACGUCAGGGGCUGAGACAUGUCGUCUUCACAGCAGAGACCCACAACUUCCCCACAGGAGUAGCCCCCUUCAGCGGUGCGACCACUGGCACAGGGGGCCGGAUCCGAGAUGUCCAGUGCACAGGCCGCGGGGCCCACGUGGUGGCUGGCACUGCUGGCUAUUGCUUUGGAAACCUGCACAUCCCAGGUUACAGUAUGCCCUGGGAGGAUCCAAGCUUCCAGUAUCCUGGGAACUUUGCCCGACCCCUGGAGAUUGCCAUCGAGGCCAGUAAUGGGGCUUCUGACUACGGCAACAAGUUUGGAGAACCAGUUCUGGCUGGCUUUGCCCGUUCCUUGGGCCUCCAGCUCCCAGACGGCCAGCGGCGCGAGUGGAUCAAGCCCAUCAUGUUUAGUGGAGGCAUUGGGUCCAUGGAAGCUGAGCAUGUGAGCAAGGAGCCCCCAGAGCCAGGCAUGGACGUUGUGAAGGUUGGGGGUCCUGUCUACAGGAUUGGAGUUGGGGGCGGAGCUGCUUCGUCCGUGCAGGUGCAGGGAGACAACGCCAGCGACCUGGACUUUGGGGCUGUGCAGCGGGGAGACCCGGAGAUGGAACAGAAGAUGAACCGUGUGAUCCGGGCUUGCGUGGAGGCCCCCGGGGGAAACCCCAUCUGCAGCCUUCAUGACCAGGGCGCCGGUGGCAAUGGCAACGUCCUGAAGGAGCUGAGUGACCCAGCCGGAGCCGUCAUUUAUACCAGCCGCUUCCAGCUCGGGGACCCGACCCUGAACGCCCUGGAAAUCUGGGGGGCCGAGUACCAGGAGUCAAAUGCACUUCUGCUGAGGCCCCCCGACCGGGACUUCCUGAGUCGUGUCAGCGCCCGAGAACGCUGCCCAGCUUGCUUUGUGGGCACCAUCACUGGAGACAGGAGAAUAGUGCUGGUGGAUGAUCGGGAGUGUCCUAUGGGAAGAGAUGGCCAGGGGGAUGCCCCCCCAACACCUCCCCCGACCCUUGUGGACCUGGAUCUGGACUGGGUGCUGGGCAAGAUGCCCCGGAAGGAGUUCUUCCUCCAGAGGAGUCUCCCCGUGCUGCGGCCCCUGGCCUUGCCCCCAGGGCUGAGCGUGCGCCAGGCCCUGGCACGGGUCCUCAGGCUGCCUGCGGUGGCCAGCAAGCGCUACCUCACCAGCAAGGUGGACCGCUCCGUGGGCGGCCUGGUGGCGCAGCAGCAGUGUGUGGGACCCCUGCAGACCCCUCUGGCAGACGUGGCGGUGGUGGCACUGAGUCACCAGGAGCUCGUAGGGGCUGCCACAGCCCUGGGAGAGCAGCCAGUCAAGAGCCUGCUGGACCCCAAGGUUGCUGCCCGGCUGGCCGUGGCCGAAGCCCUCACCAACCUGGUGUUUGCUCUGGUCACCGACCUCCGGGACGUGAAAUGCAGCGGGAACUGGAUGUGGGCGGCCAAGCUCCAGGGGGAGGGCGCGGCUCUGGCCGACGCCUGUGGGGCUGUGGCGGCCGUGAUGGCGGCCCUGGGAGUGGCAGUGGACGGCGGCAAGGACUCCCUCAGCAUGGCCGCCCGGGUUGGCGCUGAGACCGUGCGGGCUCCUGGGUCGCUGGUCAUCUCAGCCUAUGCUGUCUGUCCAGACAUUACAGCCACUGUGACCCCAGACCUCAAGCGUCCCGGAGGGAGAGGCCACCUGCUCUACGUGCCUCUGAGUCCCGGGCAGCACCGGCUCGGGGGCACGGCUCUGGCCCAGUGCUUCUCCCAGCUCGGCGAGCAGCCUCCCGAUCUGGACCUUCCGGAGAACUUGGUGCGAGCCUUUGGCAUCACCCAGGGGCUGCUGAAAGACCGCCUCCUCUGCUCAGGCCACGAUGUCAGCGACGGAGGUCUCAUCACCUGCCUGCUAGAGAUGGCCUUUGCUGGGAAUUGUGGGAUAGAGGUGGCCGUCCCUGCCUCUGGGGUCAAUGCGCUGCCUGUACUGUUCGCUGAGGAGCCAGGCUUGGUGCUGGAGGUGCAAGAGCCAGACCUGGCCCAAGUGCUGACACGUUACCGGGAGGCUGGCCUCCACUGCCUGGAGCUGGGCCGCACGGGCAACGCCGGGCCCCACGCCAUGGUCCGGGUGUCAGUGAACGGGGCUGUCGUUCUGGAGGAGCCCGUUGGGCAGCUACGAGCCCUCUGGGAGGAGACCAGUUUCCAGCUGGAUCGGCUGCAGGCAGAGCCCCACUGUGUGGCCCAGGAAGAAGAGGGGCUGAGGGAGCGGACGGGGCCCACCUACUGCCUGCCCCCCACCUUUCCCAAAGCUUCCGUGCCUCAUGAGCCUGGUGGUCCCGCCCCCCGAGUUGCCAUCUUUCGAGAAGAAGGCAGUAACGGAGACCGGGAGAUGGCCGAUGCCUUCCACUUGGCUGGGUUUGAGGUGUGGGACGUGACCAUGCAGGACCUCUGCUCUGGAGCAGUCAGGCUGGACACGUUCCAAGGCAUGGCCUUCGUGGGCGGCUUCAGCUACGCAGACGUCCUGGGCUCUGCCAAAGGGUGGGCAGCUGCUGUGACCUUUAACCCCCAGGCCGGGGCCGAGCUGAGGCGCUUCCGGCAGCGGCCAGACACCUUCAGCCUGGGCGUGUGUAACGGCUGCCAGCUGCUGGCCCUGCUGGGCUGGGUGGGAGGCAGUCCUGGUGAGGAGGCGGCAGAGAUGGGCCACGAGCCCUGGCCGGCCCGGCCCGGCCUCCUGCUGCGCCACAACAGGUCUGGGCGCUUCGAGUCGCGCUGGGCCAGCGUGCGCGUGGGGCCCGGGCCGGCCCUGAUGCUGCGCGGGAUGGAGGGUGCCGUGCUGCCCGUGUGGAGCGCCCACGGGGAAGGUUACAUGGCAUUUUCCUCCCCGGAACUCCAAGCCCAGAUUGAGGCCAGGGGCUUGGCUCCGCUGCACUGGGCGGACGAUGACGGCAACCCCACGGAACAGUACCCCCUGAAUCCCAACGGGUCCCCAGGGGGCAUGGCUGGCGUCUGCUCCCCCGAUGGCCGCCACCUGGCUCUCAUGCCUCACCCUGAGCGGUGUGUGAGGCCUUGGCAGUGGGCGUGGCGACCCCCUCCAUUUGACACUCUGACCACCUCCCCCUGGCUCCAGCUCUUCAUCAAUGCCCGAAACUGGACCCGGGAAGGAGGCCGCUGAGCAGGCCGGGGAGACUCCCCUGGGCCCCGUGGUUUUUACCCACGGUGUCUUUAGAAGUACCUCAUAUUAUUUCUGUGCGUCUUGGACAGACAAGGACCAAAAUGCCCAAAAAAACCUUGGCUAAUUUUAUGAAUCUGUCUAUGCCUUACGCUGUUGGAUCCGUUUUCAGUUCUGUUCUAACACGUUUUGUCCUUUGUGGGCCCGGGAAGCAACAUGCGGUUCAGAGAAUAGAGCCUGCGGUGGGAAGUCAGGAUGCGUGGGGGGAGGGGUUUCCAUUGCCCUGCUUCGCUGCACCACGUCAGUCAUGUCACUUAUCUGAGCUCGGAGGGGUGUCCUAUGCCCCCCUUCCUCGUCGGGGUUUAAGGGGGUGGGGGCGGACAAAAGCAAGCAAGUGAGGACCUCGGCGUGCUCAUCUGGAAAACAGCAGAAGCUUUCUGGAUUCUUCUUUUUAUUUUUAUUUUAUUUUUUAAAUUUUAGAUAGAGAAUUU